AUCGCAUUGCGUUAAACUAAUAUUUUAGUUAAAUGCUCGGUUCCAAUAAUUGAACAAUUAUGUGAAUAAAACUCAGUGUAAAUCCAUAAAAGAUGAGCAGAUUCAAGCGACCGUCGCUGGAGACCAUCCUCACCACUGCUAAAGAAACUCGCAGCCAAGCGGACUGGUCGAUGGUGUGGUCGACAGAGGAGGCGGGCUCGUCGCGGCACUCGCGCGCGCACUCGCGGCGCAAGUACCGGCGCCGCGCGCUCGCCGCCGCCGCCGCGCUCGCCGCGCACUGCCGCGCGCCCGCGCACGCGCUCAAUGACGGCUUCUUCACAUUCCUGCUAUUCCUGGUGCUAGCGACGGCGGUGCUCGCGAACCCGAUGCGCCACUUCGAGCUGUACCUCGGCCAGUGGAGCCUCAGCGGGCCCGGCCGCGCCUUCCGGUACAUACCCAUGCUGGACGGCAUAGGCAUAGCGAUCUGCAUCAACGCUCUAGUGCGAGCGAUAACGAGUGCCACCUCGGCCGCCAUCGCCGGUGUCUACCUCACCGGCACGCUCGCCGACGCGGACCUGCCCUUCACGUACUGCAGGAACGAAAGUCUUCAGAGAAUCGAAGCUUUAUCGAGCCAGAUCGAUCUCUUUACCAUGUUUAAACAAAUGCAAGACGCUCAGAUAAGUGGCACUGAAUAUUUGGAUGAAAAUGAUUUGAAGGGCACCAGUUUGGAUAUAAAGACGUGCAACCUGAACACCAGCGGCCUGCACCCGCUCUAUAACACGCCGGCAUUUAACUACUUUUACGUAGAAGUGAUGCGUUUCCGGGACAAGCCCUAUUUCUCGGAGUUCAACCCGACGCUGGCUUACAUUAUCAUCGCAGUCUGGCUACUGAUCUACGCUUUCAUGCUGCGGGAGAGAUUCCACCAUGGUCGAUUGAUAUGGAACAACCUGUACCGCGGGCUAGUGUUCGUCCCGGUGGUGUCCGGGCUGGUGGUGCUCACGUUCGGGUUCAUCCACUUCGCGAGCGUCAGUGCACAUCUCAUGAAGUUUGCGCGAGCCGGGAACAGACAGUUUUUCAAGAGCAUGGUGGACGCGUUCGAGACGGCGCUGUACGUGCACGCGAGCGGGCUCGGCACCGAGCUCGUCUUCGGGAAGGGACUCAACUAUUACGCGAACGGCCACAUAGACCCUCUCCUAAACGCAGAGAACGUGUGCUACUCGGCCGUCGCGACGCUGCUAGUGGUUCUGCACGCGACGGGCGCCGCCGUCUGCGCGCUGCUUGAUGCCGCGCCCGCCGUACACGUGCAUGAGAGCACGCUGUGGAUUAUGCCGCUGUACUCCAAGUGCAUGCUCGCCGGAGGGUACGCGCAUCUCGCGUCAUCAAUAGUAUUCGGAUGUCUGAUGGUGUCGUACAUAGUCAUCGCGUUUUUAUUGAUAAAGACCGCGCUACACAUUAUAUUUGAAUACAGAGUGAAGCUAGUGUACUGGGAAAGGACAGUGAUGGCGCUUGCUGUAUUGUUAUGCUUGCUUCUGAGCUUAAUCUUCUGUACUAAUGGCGGGCUCCUACUCCUAGAGUGCGUGGACGGCGCAGCGGCCGGCCUCGUCACUCCGCUGCUCUGCGUGCUGCAGCUCACGGCGCUGUUAUACGCGUAUCGGAGUAGGGACUUCCUGUCCGACAUGAAUGUUGCCACGGAGGAGAAUGCCUGUUCCACCAGGAUCGACACGCAGUGGAAGAUCAUACCGGCUGUUCUGGUGUUAUUCCUGGUGUGCAAGAUAGUGACGGUGUGCUACUCGCAGCUGCCCGGCUCGAUGUGGGCGUGCGCGCUGCUGCCGCUGCUCGCUAUGCUCAUAGCCAUACCUGUGAAGGGAGUCGUCAUGGCUUACAAGUACAAAGUUGUGGGCUGAAGGUACAAUAAAUGUGGCUUUCUUACAUC